ACAGUCGUGUUUAUAAUUUGCGGCUCCGAGGUGUGCGGCGCGCAUUGGGCAGACUGGAGUGAACUAAGUAAAUCUGCAGCGUUCUAAUUUAAUUGCGCGAUGAGCGCGUAAAAACACACCUGCGUAGCGCUGCAAUAAAACCAAUGUAGAUUUUUGUUUAUAUGUUCGCGUUUCCAUCGUAUUUUUCGAGUCUUAUUCGUUUUAAUUGUUAGUGCUCGUACGCUAAGUGAAUUGCUAGCAACUUGGGGCUAAAAGUGCCAAAAAGAGCCAGAAUCGAAAAGAAGCGGCUAAAGAGGAAUAAGCGAAAAGGAAGCAACGAAAACGGUGUUUUGCUCUCUUUCUCCUCUCUCAUCCUCGCCAUGUGUGUGCGUGUGCAAAUGUGUGUGUUGGCGUCGCUAAAAAAGUGCAUGUGAAGAUUAGGAAAAUAAUAAGGAAGGCAACGAAAAGUAAAAUAAAAUUUGAUGUACAAAAUACGCAAAUUGGUGACAAACAAUGUACAAGUGGCAUACAUGAAAUAAAGUUUUAUGCAAAAAAAACAAAAUCGACUGCAGUGCGUGCACUUGUGUGUAUGUGCCGCUGCAUAUGUGUAUGUGUGCAGUGUGGAAAUAAAGCAAGAGAGAAAAAAAAACUGUUUGCAGCCGGGGUACAAAUUCCAAUUGGAGUCUCAAGGAGCAUAAAUUCCCAUUCGACGCAUGCGUGGCUGCUAAAAAAAGCAACCGAAAGUGAAUUGAAUGGCAUCGAAUAGAUGGAAUGGAUAUGUGAAUGAAUUUCGACUUUCGCACAAUUUGCGCGCUCUUCACACUCGAUUAUUGGAAUCGAAUUAGAUACGCAAACUAACCGACAUUUUAUCAAAAUAACGAAACAAGUAUUUUGCAUAAAAACGAACGGAAAUCGAAAGGAACGCCCUGAAGGUCAUUGCCAGGGAGCGGAACGCCGGCAACGAAACGGGAAACAAUGGAAAUAAGAGGAAGCCAGGCAGACAUGCAAAUAUUGGGCGACUUUUGAGGGGUUCGAUUAACAUAACUCGCUCUCUAAAUAAAACAUUGUACAUCCCCCCAUGCACACAUGGUUAAUACAGCCAAAUAAAGUUGGAAAACAAUGGAAAUGCAACAGGAAAACGAGACGGGAAGAGAAGGGGUAAUCCCGAACUCGGAGAAAGAAGUAGCGUUGAUAAGUAACCAAGAGACUGAAAAAGCGGCCAUGAUUAGUGGUGGCAAAGAAGGUUCGGUAAGGGAUUUGGAGUCCCCAAACGAAACCGCCACCACCCAAAAAAUAGAACACACAACGAAACCACUUAAAUUGGAUGGCAUUUUUGCCAUGCCAGCCACUCCGCCGAAUAGGGCCGGACUAACAACAAAAUCGGCCAGCAGUAGCCGUAGCAGUUCCCUCAAAAAGCAGAGACGAGGAUCCAGAGGAAGUGCCAAUUUGAAUGUAGCGGGAACGGGUGAUGGAGCACCCAAAAGAAGCGCCCCCGGCGGUGGUCAGCUAAACUAUGGCACCAAUAGUGUUGGAAACGACCUUAUGAAGCAAUCGCAGUCCAUGACGUCACUGAAGGCCUCUAAUGAGGAACAGCAGGAGAGUCGUGACGUCAUCCAGGCCAAACUUCACUUGGAACGUCCCUACAACAGCCUCAAGAAAAAUUCGCAUAGCAAUAAAAUGCACCGUUAUUCGUGGGGAAGCGGAAACAGUCAAUGCAGUUCCACCAGUCUGCACAGCAGCGCCACCUUGGGUCUGGGUUCGUCUGGCAAAGACGACCUCUGGGCGGCCAUUCAAACGAACUACAACUACAUUAUGGACACGAACCUUUUGGACACUUGCAAGGAGGCGCGCUGUGAGAUAGAGGGCGCUGCCACGGUGUUGGAGAAAUCCAGUGAAUGUUCCUUUAAGAUGCUCGAUGAGACCCAACGACCGGAGGGUCUUUGUGAGGAUCCCAAGGAGUUGCGGCGUUGGCUGCGCGAAAUGGAGAAUAAAUUGGAGAGUUCGCCGACAAUCACAGAGCUGACUUUGUUUGGCAACGCGGAAUUGCAGCGCCAUCUAGCAGUACACUCGGUGUUGUACCAUGAAAUUGCAUCACACGCUCGAGUGGUGAGCUCUUGCAUUCGAGCCGCCGAAAAGGAACAGCAACUCCAACAGCAGCAGCAACUGUCGAGUCAGCAACCCGCCUCAUUGACCAGCAACUGCUCCAGUGAGUCAACCAGCGAAUCGGCCACAAAGUCGAGCAGCCUGAGCAGUGGUUUCGCUUCCGAUCCGGUGACCACACCCAUUGGAACCGCAGCAGCGGCCCCGCCGUCAAGUAGCACCCACCCAUCCAAGAAGGGGGAGGGCAACUUGGAGCGACUUAGGGAUCGCUACCAUCUGUUGUAUCUGAAGGCGUUCGAACUGCAAUUGUGCCUGGAUAAUCUGCUCAGGAAACGCAGUUCCGCAGCGAAUGGUUUGGAUGACGACGAGGACGAAGAGGAGGACACCGAAGACGAUUCCUUUGGCUACGAGGGCGAAGCCACCGAGGACGAUCUGAACGAGGUCAACUCGGAUCUCGAUCUAGAGAACAGCGAGUCCAAGUCGGCCACCCCCGCGGAACUUAUUCUCCAGCGCUGUCAGAUUGCAGCUACCCAGAUUGUGUGCGGACUGGAUGAGACCCAAUCCCAGUCGCGGUCACAGCAAGUCCCAUCCCAAGCGAAGUCGCCGUCAGCGGAUCAGCCACGCGAUUGUCUUGCACCUCAAAAGCCCGGCGAUGAGGCCGAUGAAGAGCUAGAGGAGGAGGACGAGGAUCCUGAUAUCGGCACCGAUGUGGUGGACUUCCUGAUUGCCAAGCGAUCGUGGAGACAGGUGAACCACCCGAAUCCCAGUGGUACAGCCACCCUAACGGAUUUCGAGGCGGAUUCAGAGAGCAGUGACUUCGAGCAGGUGCAGCAGUUGAGCAGAAGAGGAUUACCCCCAACAGUGGGCAGCACCCGAAGGGUCCUUAACCUCAUUGAGAUGCCCCAGAGCAGCAACAGCAAUAUCAGCAGCAGCAACUCGUUGCUACAGCAACGAAAUCACAAUAUCGGCAACAAAAUGCUGCCCAACAAAGCGCACGGCAAGAACAUUGCCGUGGCGGUAAUCACACCCAAUUCACAUGGAAACACCAGUCACGGUCAUGGGCUCGGUCACGGACUCGGCCACGAGCUGAACAAGUCGCCUUUGGGGCUGCGCAAGACGCGUCAUCACCACAAUGACACCUCCAAGUUCAACCGAUCCAAUCGCAAGUCGAAGAACUGUGCGAUCUUCUAUUUCAAGCACCUGGACACGGACAACGAGCAGGGAAACGCGGCGGGCAGUGAUCUCCAGAGCGAGGAUGAUCCGAGCCUGAUCCAUCGGCGCAGAGCUGGAGGCGACAUACUGAAAUCGGCUGAUGCCUCAACGGAUGACGACGACGAAGGUUGGCUCUACACGGCGACAGCAGCAGCAACAUUGGAAGUUGCAACAGCAGCAACUGCAGCACCGACUGCCGCAGCAGCAACAUCGAGUGUGGAUGGUCUGCAGUCCACGGCCGUCUCCUCGACUACGGCCACGGGUGGACCACUCCCGCCCAGCGACGACUCUGAUAAGGAGAACAAGGUGGCUCUGGUCAGCGCCACGACAAUCACGGCGGCAGCAACCGCAACUGCAACAUCCAUUGCAACACUGCACAGCAGCAACUACGACAGCAGCAGCGCCUGUUCCUCCUCCAAUUCAAAUUCGAAUUCGAACUCCAACUCGAACGGCAGGCUCACGGAGACCUCAGCCACCUCGCGAGUAACCCAGCUACAGAUGCAAAUCCACUCGCAAUCGCAGUCGCAGUCACAGAUGGAGCUCCAAAUCAAUGGCAAUGCCAUCGACGGCAGACACAUCAUUAGCAACAACAAUUGCUACAGCAGCAUGCAACAUCAGCCGCAAAACAACAACGAGGGUGAGGCAGCCGAGGAUCUGGCCAAGAUCAAGAUGGGUGACGAUGAAGCAGCUGCUGAUAUGGCAAAUGGAAACGCCACCAAAUCUCAGCAGAUGAGCAACGGUGUGUACAGUCGCGCGGACUCUUGCAACUUCACCGUUUGGGCGGCAGAAACUGUAGCCAGUUGCCACUUGCCCCCGAGAUCGCCGGCCAAAUCGGCCAAGUCCUCGAAAUCCCAGGCCAGCAAUGCCACCGUGUCUGGAUCCACGCUUGUUUCCCCAGUCAAGGGCAAGGUCUCGCAUGAUUCAAUCAAGCAGUUGGUGCUGGAAGCCGAGCAUUUGGUGCGCGACGCCCAAGAGACCGCACUGAAGACGCCAACCAAGCAGAAACAUUCCAUCAUUAAGAUCUCGUCGACGGUCAAGAAGCGCGAGGUCACUAUGCCCCAUCCCAUCAAGCAGCGUGUGGAGGAAUGGCUGGAGCACCAGCCCUCGACCCCACAGCUGCUGACCCGGAGCCACACGCACGAGCUCCUGCCCAGCUGCAAGCCAGAUGACUGUGAGGCCUCCGGAGAAGCAUCCGAAACAGACUCGGUGCCCCAAGCUGGAGCAGGAGUAAACGGAGGAGCACCGAAUGGUGCGGGAUCGGAUACAUCGGAGGGCUUCACCGAUUCCAUUGCCACAUGUAUGCAAACGAGCACGAAUUCCUAUGGGAAUUCCACGGAGAGAAUCGGUGGAUCGGCUGAACCCAUUGGACAGCCCGUCACGCCUUUGGGCUUUGGCAGCAGCAACCAGAGCCUGAAUGUAAAGAUUGUAAAGCGAUCGCAAACGCGUCGCAAGUCGGAGAGACCAUGGUCGGUCUCGUGUCUGUCCCAGUUGACUACGGAUGCAGCCCAGUUAACCACGGCCCGGAUAGUGGAAAACUCUCCGUCCGGUCUGGCCAGUCACUCGAUCAGUGAGAGUGCCCUGGACUCGCUUUCGCCAGGACCAAGACCGCGGGCAGCUUCUUCCUCGGGAACGGGAAGCAAUGCAGCCAAGAAGGCGGAUAGCAAGGGCUCAUUGAGGAGGAGGAAGGCCAGGAAGAAGCGCAUUUCGGCCGCAUCGGCUGGCAGGAAAUCUGAUUCAGGUUCCGAACUGGGUGGAGAUCUCACCCAGACACUGAUGAAGUCCUGCGAGUCCAUGUCCUCGCAGCAGCUGCAGGAGUUCACCAAUGCCCUUCUGAGCAUUCAAAAAGGCGCAGUAGUUGCUCCUUUGAGUCCCAAGGGCGACGUUUCUGGAGUACCUUCACUGGCCGAUGGCGAGGGAGGGGAAACCCAGCUGAUGCUACCCAAGUUCCGGGUGGGCUCCUUCACCACAGCUGGCCUAUUGGCUACUGAUACGAGGUUAGGCGCUUUAGCAGCCCUCUCAAACUACAUGAACGAGGACGAACAACAAGCAGAACUCAGCACUGAGGACCAUCAUAGCAGCAUCUCGGAGACGGCGUGGGACAACUACCAAGAGAAAUACAACUCGGAGAACUAUUCCGAGGGCUUUGAUUCAGAUGCGGCCCGGCGUCUCUUGGAAUUCGGCGACGACUAUCGCAAUUUCAUCGACUCGCAAUCGGACUGCUGCAGUUCUCUGUCGGCGGCCAACAAUCUGGACUCGUUCUCGCCGCCGCGCAUGGACUCACUGCAGAAGCACGAGCUGAAGACCCUCCAUAUCAACCAGGACACAAUCACCAGCACCGUGGACCACGCCCGCCGCCAGCGCGCCCUUGAACUGCAGUACGAGCGUCGUCGCAAGACCCUGGAAGUUCGACGAAAGUCUUGCCAAGACAUGGAUGAGAGCCUGAUGGCUAGUCCCCAGUCGGAUCAACAGCAGCAGCAAUUGCAGGUCACGCCUUCGUUGUCUGCCUCCGCCACCGCCCUAAUGACCACGCCCAAGAUUCAGUCGACCAGCCACCAGAUUAGCCAUCGCGCAGAAUCUGUGGGACGCAAGUUGGAUUUCGGCGGAAUGAGCCACUCCGCUCAGUCCCUGCUGCGUCGCACCUCGGAGAGCGAUACUUCAACCAGGAGACGACGCACUGUGACGGCGGACGAAAGAAGACGCUCCUCCCGCAACCUGGAGAAGUGCAUCAAACUUAUUCCAGCUACCACUUCCUCGUCGAGUGGCUCGGACUCCGAGGACGGAGAGCAGGAGAUGCGAUCCCUGCUGCAGCAGAGCCGCGACAGGCUGGACGACACCAGAGCCCUGAAGAUCAGAUGCCAUCUGCUUAGACCAGAGGAUUAUAACGAGAUCAUCAACACUUGCCGCGACAACAUUCGCUGCCUGGAGGCCGUGCUGCGCGGUCCGCCCGGCACCGUGUUGUCCAACCACUGCGCUGGCCAGACAAAAGAUCUGCUCGGCGCCUGGGAGGAUCUACUUAGCUGGAGCGAGAAUGCCUCCGCUGCCCGCAAAUUGCAGCAGGAGAUGAGUGUGUUGAAGAGCUCGCUGCAGCGCCUGGGAGACAAGCCAACUCCAGAGCUCCUCGAUACGGAGCCGGCCAUCCAAAUAGCAGUGGAGGCGCUCAAGUUGGAGCAGACGCAACUGACCAGCUAUAGGACCAACAUGCUGCGUCUUAACGCCUCCGUCCACAGUUGGCUUACCAAGCAGGAGCGGCGACUGCAGAGCGCCUUGGAGGAACAGGAGCAGCAACAGGAGUCCGAACAACUCAAGCAGCAAAAACUUGUUGAAGAGGAGAAGGGAGCUGACGUUCAGAAGGAGCUGGCGUCUACCGGAGCAGUGGCCAUCACGGUCACCGACAGCAAUGGUAAUCAGGUGGAGGCACUAGCCACAGGAGAAGCCUCCACCUCCACGCCAGCCUGGGAUGUGCACACGCUGAUGUCAUCGGAGCAGGAGUUCCAUAAGCAUCUGAAGAACGAAGUGAGCGACAUGUACAGUUCCUGGGAUGAGGCGGAUGCCAGAAUCAACACGCAACUGGAAAUGCUUACCAACUCGCUUAUUGCCUGGAGGCAGUUGGAGUCCGGUUUGAGUGAGUUCCAAUUGGCUUUGGGCCAAGAUAGGGGCACUCUGAAGGGUCUUGAAGGAGCUCUGGACAAGGGACAAGCCACACCAGUCGAGCUGGCCCAGAAUGUAAAACUGGUGGCCAAGCUGCUGUCCGAAAAGGUUCACGUAAGCCAGGAGCAACUUUUGGCCGUCCAGCAGCACCUGGACCCCAACCACAUCUACCACAUUACGAAGUUUACAGCCUCAAAUGGCUCGCUAUCAGAUUCCGGCAUCUCUGAUGGAGGAGCUACUUCUGAUGGUGGCCUGUCCGAGAGGGAGCGACGACUGGGAGUUCUUCGACGCCUAGCAAAGCAGUUGGAACUAGCUCUGGCGCCGGGAAGCGAAGCCAUGCGUUCUAUUGCUGCCCGAAUGGAAAGUGCCGAGGCCGACCUGAAGCACCUGCAGAACACCUGUAGAGACUUAAUUGUUCGCACUGCAGCUAGCCACCAGCAGAAGCAGCAGAUCCAGCAAAAUCAGACCCAGCAGGUGUCACCGAAGGCCAAUGGACACAUUAAGAAGCAGGCCGCAAAGGGCAAGGCAGAACCCCAGUCGCCUGGCAGACGUGGUAAAGGAGCUCGAAAGGCGCGUCAGGCCAAGAAGGCUGGAGAGGAUCAGCAAGUAGAGGAGCCAAGUCUCAGCCCAGAACAGCAGAAGAUGGUCCUGAAGCAACUCAAGACCUUGACAAGUGGCGAUGGUGGGGACGACCCCUCUGACGAUCCCUCGUUGCUCUUCAACCUGGAAAGCUCCGAGGAAGAUGGAGAGGGAGCGGAUCCUGCACAGACCUCUAAGCGAGGGUGGGCGUGGCGCAUCGCGAGGGCGGCAGUGCCUAUGCAGGUGGCCCUGUUCACAAUCUUCUGCGCUGCCUGCCUGAUGCAACCCAACUGCUGCGACAAUCUGAACAACCUGUCCAUGAGCUUCACGCCGCAGCUCCGCUAUAUCCGUGGACCACCUCCGAUCUGAGGACAGAGCGCGACUAAUUAAGCAGGCCGCUAAUCGUUGUAGGUUACCGUUACGUUAUGUUAAGGCAUUUAACAGCUGUAACUAGAGUUAACCAGCGCAACCAGCCACUUAGGCAGAGCCACUAAGAGCUCGCCUGUGGCGCGCGUUUUCCGCGCUCGAGGUUUUACAAUCCCGAACAGAGCGCUCUCCUCCGAAAGGUGCGACACCCAGAGGCAGCCCAAUUUUAUAUGUCUAAUUUAGGUAGCGAGCGCGAAAGGAACGCAAUUUAUAGUAAGGAUGUAUUUGUUAUUUCGGUUAAUUUCCUACGAGUUUAGGUUGCUGUUCGAUUGAACGCUGAAUAUGUACUUAGGCGAGGAGCAGACGAUGCCCAGCCACGUGUAAACUGCCGCAUAAAGGAACAAAGGGGCGGAUCGUCCCCCAGAUUCUUACCCAGUAAAUAUGAUACAAACACAAUGAUCAAUUGAGUGGCGUUUUUGUAUACUUUUUUGUUUGAAAAACACUAAAGUGCCUACAAAUGCGAACUGUGAACGAGGAGCUACCAGCAGAUGACAAAGGAUCCGUCGAGGAGUCCAAACGAGAGUAUGAAUCCAAGGCACCGAAGCAAACAGAAGCUAAAAAGCCAACAGCACUAAGGAGCUAGCAAUGGAGCUCACCAGAACAGCGAUGAAGAAUCAGAGUUUAUAUUUUUAUACGCAACGCAACUAUACACAAUCAGUGCGGAGACAACGAAUCUUCAGCCAACACACAUCAUACGUUUUAUGUCUAUUAUAUUAAUAGGAUAAACCUUACACUUAUUUUGCAAGAAAACAAAAAUUCAAC